UUUACUGUUCCUUCACUAUCUUUCUUCACUACCUCCUCGCCCCGCAAAUUCGAGCAAUUCCAGCGAUUCGUUCUUCAAAGUUCUUUAACAUGGCUGUUACAGAGACUACAGUCAAGAACGACUCGGAGGUUAGAGUGCCGCCGAAUUUAGAUAGAAAAUCAUGUGAAUCGGGGUCACGUGCCAAACUCUUGGUCUCGAAUGGCUGUAACAAGCGUAAAGCUGAAUUUGUGCUAGAUGGUGAAAGGGAGAAAAGGAAGAGAUUGGACCCUGUCGUGAAGCAGCAGUGUCGAACUAUUCUGGAAACGUUGAUUACUCAUCCUACUGGAUGGAUUUUUAGGACUCCGGUGGACCCUGUUGCAUUGAAUAUUCCUGAUUACUUUUCCAUAAUCUUGCAUCCGAUGGAUUUGGGGACAAUAAAGUCGAAGUUGGCUGGUAAUAGAUACUUCAGUGCUGAAGAGUUUGCAUCUGAUGUCAAGCUGACCUUCUCAAAUGCCAUGCUGUAUAAUCCUCCUGAUAAUCCAGUUCAUCGCAUGGCAAAGGAACUAGAGUGCGUUUUCAUAAGAAGAUGGAAGCUUCUGGAAGCUAAAUGGAAACGUGAGACAGCAUGUGCUCAGCAGGACACUUUUUCAAGUAAGAGUGAAAAGACUGCUCAAAAUACUAUGAGGGCUUUUGAUAAGAAGUCACUGGAGCAGAUUUCAAGUGGCCUUGAAAAUAAUGCUCAAAAUAGAGCAAAGCCUUCCUAUAAGGAGCCACAGGGGCUGAUUUCAAAUGGAAUUGAAAAGAAGGCUCAAGAUACUAGAAAGGCUUUCUGUAAGAAUUCACAGGGCGUCGUUUCAAAUGAAAGUGAAAAGAAUGCUCAAGAUACUAAAAAGGCUUUCUGUAAGAAUUCACAGGGCCUGAUUUCAGGUAAAUUUGAAAAGAAUGCUCAGUGUAAGAAAUCAGAUACGGGCUUGGUCGCAAAGAGGUCAAUGUUAUUGGAGGAAAGGCAGAAGCUUAAGAAAGAUCUCAUAGAAAUGUUGAAGGGAAAGGUGAAUGGAAAGUUGCAGACUGUCCUUCAAAAAUUUGGUUUCUUUGACAUUAGAAAAGAAAAGAUUGAUGUGAACAUUGACGAUCUUCAAGAUGACAUCUUAUGGGAGUUGAAGAGAGUACUGAAAGAUUCUUCAGAUGCAAGUUCUGCGAAAGAGAGCAAAGAUAAAAUUUUGUUGACUCAGACGAAAAUUCAGCACCGUGAAAGUAAAGUCAUUCAGGACCGUGAAACUAAAACUAUUCAGGACUGUCAAAGUAAAACUAUGUCAACCCACUCAUGCAGGGUGAAUGCGGAUUCUGUUUGCCAAUUAACUGAAGGUUCUGGAAGUGGUGAGGAUGAAGAAUAUACAUGGCCCAGCUCUGGUCUUUCAACAACAAUAACUUCAGCUAUUUCGGGUGAAUGCUGGACUCCUCUUAUUGAUGAUGAGCAAGCUCUGAAGAAAGCUUUACGCAUUGCAAAGCUCAAAAGCCGCUUUGCAGAAACUAUUUCUAAAGCAAAUGGUGAUAAAACAGAUGCUGAGCAAGAAAGAGAGAGAGUGAAAAGACUGCAACGUGAAGAGGAGCUAUUUAAGGCACGAAUAAGAGAGGAGCAGUUAAAGAAAGAGGCUGAAUUGAAGAGGCAGAGGGACAAAGAAAGAGAAGCUGCUCGGCUUGCAUUGCAAUUGAUGGAAAAGGCUGUUCAGCUGGAGGAUAAUCUGAUGACUUUGAAGGAGCUUGAGAUGCUCACUCAGUGUUCUCCCACCUUUAUUCUCCAUGGGUGUUGUCCUGUGAUGGUUCUAAGACGUUUAGAAACUGGUGAAAUCUUGAACCCCUUGGAACAGUUAGGCUUGCACAUAAAGGAUGAUUUCUUGGAGGAGGAUGACGAUGAGGAAACAUUCUUGAGUUGGGAAGGCGAAGAAGGGGAGAUCCUCGGAUGACACUCCCAUUGACUAUUCUUACCUGCAUUGUAUCCAGAGUUCAAAUCUAUACAUGUAUAUAAUAUUUGAGGAGUUUUCUCA